UCAUCCGCCCAUACGUCAAUCUGCGGUAGUUUCGAGAAGUUGCGGGAACAAAGUUUUGCCAACUGUACAUACAUUUUAAAGUUUGAAAGAAGAGACAAACUUAUGUUCGAACGUUAGAAGAAAAAAAAAACAAAGAAAGAACAUCCACGCACUGUGGAAAGUGCGUGUAACAAGUUUGCGGAUAAGCAACAUAUUCCGAACUCGCUGACGUUAGUGAAAAUAUAUACAGUUUACGUUACAUGUGUUAUAAGGAUCAUCGUCAUUCCGGCAUUGAAUAUCAGAACGCGAUUAUUGCGAUAUAAUAAUAACGCGGCACUGUUGCGAUUCGUCAGAGUCGAAUCGUUUCCCGUUCAGAUAAAUUCGAAUCGUGCAAGUUGUGCUUUUUUAUCGCGUCGUAUCGGAUUUGUACAAUCGUGAGAGGAAAAAUUGGCAGUCAUCUCGUCGCAUUGUCAUCGUGUCGCGCGUUCACGGUCGCGAGGUAUCGCGUGCUCGCGGUGCGUAUUCGCGUUAAUUAGUCCGACCGAUUCGAGUUCAGUCGAUUGAAAACGACCAAGCUGCGUGCAACGCUGGGUACGCGAGAUCGGUGCGCAAGAAAGAUUUUAUUCGGCGCGUAUUUGUUUCGUUAACGGGCUUUUUUCGCAUCGACAUCGUCGAGAGUUGAAUUGGUUCGCGAAAACGUCGAUGACAAACGAGAAAACGCGUCAUGGAGAGUGAACCGCAACACGGCAACGAGGCGAAACCGAAAGAUAGGUUAGUCGUACUUUUGGAUCAGAUUGAGAUGCAUGUCGAGCAGCUGCGAAAGGAUGCCUCUAGACUCGAAGAGGAAAAGGAUUCUUUGUUGACGACCUUAGACACUCUCAGAAAUAACGAUAUGCUGCACGCCCUCGAAGAACCUGACAGAGAUGACAUUUUGAGGUAUGCCGAGAGACUAUCCAUGCGAUGUUCCACUGUGGAUGUUCUGGUCACAGUGCAACGUGAUCAUAUUCAGGAAGAAGCUUUACAUCAGGUCAAUGGCUUGAUCGACAGUCUGGUUGUGGGUUUGCGCCAAGAUCCGAGUGGCACUCGACAGAGAUGCGCCGAGUUUAUGAACGCGUGCUCAUCUCAUGGAAUGGGACAUUCCGACAAAAUCUUUGAAACUGCUAUUCUCGGAUGCACACUGGACGAUCAGAAGCGAGUCAAGAAGAGAUUACAGGGACUGUUAGAUUACAUCGAUAAGAUGCAUAUUUUGGAGAUGGCACAGUGAAGACAUCCAUGAGAUCGCUGAAUAAACGAUUCUUAGUUGUUUGUGCUUCGUCUUUUCCGAUUUUAAGAUGUCAAAGUUCAUCGAUAUUCCUAUUCUGUUUUUGUAACGGAUAUAUAGGCGGAACAAGCAAAAAAAAAAAAAAAA